CCUAGUUGACCAAGCACUGCUGGAUCAAACUGUAUAUAUAAUACAAGCUGCAGCAUUUAGAAUCACAAAUCAACUCCUCUCCAAGCACCAUUCUUGAAUGCUUUACACUCAAGAGCAGCAAUAUCCUAACCUGAGAUUUAUCCUGAAACCAUGAAAGCAAACCUUCUUACCACCACAUUGUGUCUCUCUUCCCGCAGACAAUGAACCCUGAAACACUUCCAAUCGUCUCUUAACUUUGAUAAAGAGGCAUGGAAAAUAUUUUCUCAUUCAACCAGAAAAAACAAUUCUCUUUAUUUUGUAUCCAAAAAGCAAAUCUUAACUCAAAUUUAGUUUUUUCAUUUAUACUUUAGAGUCCUUUGGCUCAUUGUUAAGCCGUUUUACUAUCCCACCUGAUUCAGCAUUUGAACCCGGGAUCUUCUCCUUUAUAAGAGACCGUUGCCAUUGAACUAAAUCCAGUGGUUAAACAAACAUCAGAUUACAACAGAAAGAAAGAGCCGGUUGACAAUGACAGAAGGUUUGGUGACCUUCUCACUCAUAAAGCUUGCAGAUUUUAUCCAAGAAGAGGAGCGACUAUUGACAGGUGUUAAGGCAGAAUCUGAGUACAUCAGGGAUGAACUAGAGUUCAUGCUGGUCUUUCUAAGAGCUGCAGAUGCGAUGGAAGAGAAAGAUGAUGGACUUAAAGUGUUAGUGCAGAAAGUGAGAGAUGUUGUGUAUGACAUGGAAGAUACUCUUGAUCUUUUCAGGCUGCGUCUCACACAUGAUUAUGGGGAUAAGUUCUGUUCUUCUGUUCAAACAAUUUCCAACUCCAUCAUCACUUUAAAAGCUCGGCAUCAAAUUGCUUCAAAAAUCCAAGCACUCAAAAGCCGAGUUAUAAAUAUCUCAGAGGCACAUCGGAGAUAUUUAAUCAGGAACAACAUAACGGAGCCAGGCUCGAGCUCCAGCCACACACCAAGGGUGGCCAGGCCAGGAAAUAUAGUUGAAGAAGCAAAUAUAGUUGGCAUUGAAAAGCCCAAAAAGCAUCUUAUUGCGUGGCUUGUCAGAGGCAGAUCCGAACGUGAAGUGAUAUCAGUGGUUGGAAUGGGUGGUUUGGGUAAAACCACAUUGGUGAGAAAAGUUUAUCAUGAUGCAGAUGUAAAGAAACACUUUCAAUUCAGGGUUUGGAUCACCCUCUCUCCAUCUUUCAAGGAAGAGGACCUUCUAAAAGAUAUAAUUCAACAGCUCUUCCGUGUGCUCCAGAAAACUGUUCCUCAAGGAGUGGACAACAUGGACAAUGAUAAGCUAAAGACGGUAAUCAAUAAAUUCCUUCAGCAAAAAAGGUAUCUCAUUGUUUUAGAUGAUGUGUGGCAUACUGAUGCCUGGGAUGCUUUUGAACCUGUGUUCCCAAACAACAGUCGUGGUAGCCAUAUAUUGCUGACAACGCGAAAAACUGAAGUAGCCCUGACUGCCUGCAUAGAAUUCCCAGAUAAAGUGUACAAUUUGGAUCCAUUAUCUCCAGAAGAGUCUUGGACUUUGUUUUGCAAGAAGGUAUUUCAAAACAACGACUGCCCAACACAUUUGAAGAACGUUUCAGAAAGAAUUCUGGGAAGAUGUGAAGGACUGCCGCUUGCUAUUGAGGCUAUGAGUGGUGUUCUAGCGAUAAGGGACAGGAGUAAAAUAGACGAAUGGGAAAUGGUGUACCAUAGUCUAGGUGCUGGAUUAGAAGACAACAACAGAAUGAGGAAUGCGUUGAAGAUACUAUCACUCAGUUACUAUGAUUUACCUUACUAUCUCAAAUCAUGUUUGUUGUACUUCAGCAUGUUCCCUGAGGGCAUACCGAUUCAGCGUAUGAGACUUAUUCGAUUGUGGAUAGCAGAAGGGUUUGUGAAAGGAAGGGAGGGAAUGGCAUUAGAGGAGGUUGCAGAAGAUUUUUUGAAUGAGCUCAUAAAAAGAAGUUUGGUACAAGUGGUAGAGGCAACCAGUUAUGGACAAGUUAAAACAUGCCGCAUCCACGACCUUCUCCGUGAGAUACUGAUUACAAAGGCAAAAGAGCAAGAUUUCGUUGCGAUAGCCAAGGAACAGAACAUGACUUGGUCUGAAAAGGUCCGCCGUGUAUCGAUACAUAACGCCAUGCCAAGCAUGCGACAAAUACAUGUUGCAUCUCGCCUCCGUUCAUUGUUGGUGUUCUGGGGAAUAGAUUCUUUUCCCAGGCCUCCUAAAUUUAUUUCGCUUUCUAGUCGUUCAAGGCUGCUUACCGUGUUAGAUAUGGAAGGCACGCCUUUAAAGGAAUUUCCAAAUGAAGUGGUCAGCCUCAUCUUUUUAAAGUAUCUAAGUUUGAGGAAUACCAUGGUGAAUUCCGUUCCAAGCUCAAUUAGCAAGCUUCAGAACCUGGAAAGUUUGGAUUUGAAACAUGCCCAAGUCACUGAAUUGCCUGUUGACAUUCUGAAGCUCCAAAAGCUUCGCCACCUGCUAGUGUAUCGCUAUGAAACUGAGUCUGACGAUCAAAUUCGCAACAAACACGGUUUCAAGGCACCAGCUCAGAUAGGAAAUCUACUUUCUGUACAAAAGCUUUGCUUCCUGGAAGCAGACCAAGGCCAGAAACUUAUGUCAGAACUGGGAAGAUUGAUUCAUUUGAGAAGGUUAGGCAUUAUAAAGUUCAGGAAGGAAGAUGGGAAGGAUUUAUGUUCCUCUAUUGAUAAGCUGACGAACCUUCGUGCAUUGUCUGUUACUUCAAUAACAGAGAGCGAGGUCAUUGAUCUGGAGUACUUAUCUUCUCCUCCUCAAUUUCUUCAGCGACUAUACUUGACAGGACGUUUAGAGAGGUUACCAGACUGGAUACUCUCACUUGAUAGUUUGGUCAAGUUGGUUUUAAAAUGGAGUCGCUUACGUGAAGAUCCGCUGCUAUUUCUUCAGAAUUUGCCUAAUCUGGUGCACCUUGAAUUUAUACAAGUUUAUAGUGGCGAAGCAUUGCAUUUCAGUCAUGAAGGAUUCAAAAAGCUUAAAGUUUUGGGUCUAAACAAAUUAGAACGGCUCAAAUCUAUUACCGUGCAGAAGGGAGCAUUGCCUUCUCUCCAGAAGCUAGUUGUCCAGGGUUGUAAACUACUGCAGAAGGUGCCCUCUGGAAUCAAACACCUCGCUAAGCUCAAAGCACUUGAUUUUUUUGACAUGCCGUAUGAUUUUGUCAAGAGGCUACGGCCUGAUGGAACUGCACAGAGAGCGGCAAGGACUUUUCUCCAAAAGCCAGUUGUCCAAUUCAUUAAAAUAUUGCAGAUUCUUCCAUUUGAUUUGCCCAACGUAUUCAUCAGGAGGCUCCAUCCGGAUGGAGACGGUGAAGAUUAUCAUGAGGUUCGAAAUGUGCCUGAGAUUUACUGCACCUAUCAGAAAAAUGGCAAUUGGGAAAUCUACUACAAUUAUGCAAGACCAAACAUUCUUUUGAAAAGGCAACCUGAUUGGAAGCCAUGAUUUGCAUCUGUAAUUUUGUGAUAGAUGCUAGAGGUUGCGCGAUUUCCUUAAAGCUAUGAUGUUGCGAAGUCGGUUGUAAAUUAAUGACAGCAUUUUUUUUUUUAAUGAAUGUGAUCAAACUUUCCUUACAAAAACUAUGAUGUUUAUAAAUAUAUGUUAGAAAUAAUGUUCAGGACUGCUGAGCUGGAA